AUAAAAAGGAGGAAGGAACGAACCACGAAGCGACGUCGUUUUGAUGAUGCAAGCCAAGAUCAGCUCCUUCUUCAGGCCCUCUUCUGCACCUAAAUCACCUCCAAUUUUCGAUGAUGACGAUGAUGAGGACGAUGAAACAACACCGUUUUCUGCCACGGAGGAACCUCCCAUUUUCGGUGACGACAACGAAACGGCGUCGUUUUGGGAGAAGGAACCAAAGGUCGUCAUCACGUACAAGCGGAGAGCUCCGAACCCAGAUUGGGAAAAAAGCGAGACGGAUGGUGGUUUGAUUGCUGAAACUAUGAAGAAACCCAUUGUAGUGGAUUCAUCACUCCCAAGCAGAACCCUCGAUAAGAAGAGAAGCUAUGCUCAGUUCCAUUUAGAGUUAGGCCAGUCUGAUUUCCUUCUGCAUUCAUGCUCUACAUGUGGGCUUAAGUAUUCUCCUGGUGAUGAAGGGGAUGAGCAAGUUCACAAGGCAUUCCACAAGAAUUACAACCAUGGAAUUCAAUUCAAGGGUUGGCGCAAUGAGAGAAUCAUUAGUAUGCCUUCAGCUGGAGGGGGACGAAUCAUUUUGGUGUUGGAUGGCGACCCUCCUGCUCAGAAGAACAAGGUCCAUGAGGUUGUAAAGAUGAUGGAGAUUGAACUUGGAGGUGCAUGGAUUUUUCAUAAGAACCGUAAGGUGUAUCUAUUCAUUUCCUCCCAAAGGGUUGCUGGCUGUCUUGUUGCAGAACCAAUAAAGAAAGCCUACAAAAUUCUCUCGUCCUCAGCAGAUGAAAGAUCUAAUGAUACUAGUUCAAAGGAAACAAGACCGAAUUCAAACACACUUCAGUUUGGGACUGUAAGUUUUCAGAGGGAAGUCAUCAAAAGAGCCCCUUCUGUUAAUAGCUGUGAAGUAUUGGAUGGAAGACCCAAUGGACCUGUUGUUUGUGAAAAUGAAGCUGUACCUGCUAUCUGUGGAAUUAGAGCCAUAUGGGUUACUCCCUCCAACAGAAGAAAACAUAUUGCCAGCCAACUUCUGGAUGCUGUGAGGAAAAGUUUCUGCAUGGGGUUUGUCCUCAAGAGCUCUCAGCUGGCAUUCUCUCAACCAACAUCAGCAGGAAUGGCGUUGGCUUCCAAUUAUUUUGGUUCAGGAUCUUUCUUGGUGUACAAGACUAAUAAAUCAUAAAUCAUUCUGCUGAGUGGUAUGAAGAAACUUAGAUCUGUAGGUUGGGCUCCAUCAAUUUUGCCCAUGUUUUCUCAUUCUCAUUUUUAUUGGUCUCGCAUACAUGUUUGAUACGACUGUAAUGUCAAAUGUCAUAAAAGGUUUGAUCUUUUUUAUUGGCCGAUGAGAUA